AUUCCCAUCGUGGUAGCUGCAAUCGGCUUGCUUGGCACGCUCGUCAGCCUUGCCUUCAGCUUGCGCGCCGAUCGGAAAGUCAAAAGACUGGAACUUCAAGCUGAACAUAGCCAAACCGUAGCCGAUCUGACGGAAAAAUACUCCCAGCCGAUUCUCGUCGCGGCAUACGAUUUGCAGCAGCGACUCUACGAACUGGUUGAAUAUCCUAUUAGCCGACAGCACCUCUCCAAGGUUGAUGGGCUUGACGACUUGAAGAUCUACACGUGCUACCUCCUUGCGCAGUAUCUAGUUUUUACGCACAUACUCCGCACGCAGACGGGAUAUCUGUCGUUCACCGAGAACACGAAGUUGAAGAAGCUGCGGAAACAGAUGUAUAUGAUAGACGAGGAGCUAGACCGACGUCGCGAUCCUGCUGGAUGGAACGUUGGGGUUUGGCCUGCUGCUCGUGUCUUGGUAUGCGAGCGAAUGAUCUUGAAGAGAGGCGAUCUAAAUGAUGCCCUAGACGGGGGAUUUGGGAUUGAAGUCAAAGGGUUCAACGAAUUUCGCAAAGAGUGGGCAGACCAAUUCAAACAGCCGAUGGGAUAUUUUUGCGAAUGGAUCGACAACAUGCUGGAAGGACGGCUGGAGGAGCAGCCCUAUUCCGACGCUCCCAUGCGUGUCCUCCAGCACCUGCUCGUUGACCUGAUC